AUGGAUAAAGAAGUACUAUUUAUCAAACCCUUUUUAAUCUAUUCUUAAGAAGUUUAGCAAACCAAUUUAGUUUUAGCUUAUUACCUCAAGUUCUACGCUUAUAAGAAAGCAGGUACUAUAUGCGCUAAGUAUUAGGGAUAAGCUGAUACUUCAUAUGUUUAAGAUAUGAUGAACGAAUGGAAUACUGACUUAGAAUAGAUGAAAUAAUAAUUAGGUUCUACUCUCUAAAAUACUCAAUAAAAUAAGUAAUAAAUAGUCGAUUACACAUUAAGAAUAUUUGCAAAGUGUGAUCAUGAUGAAAGAAAUGGAUAAUUCACUAAAUAAACUUAGUAAGAUUUUACUAUGAUUAGCAGAUAUCUUGAAAUGUUAGCAGUUUUUGGUCCAUUAGAUAAUGACUUAAAUUAGAAAAGAAUUUAUGCAAAAUCCAAAGCAGUAGAAAUCAAGAAAAAAUUAGACAAUCCUUAAUAAUAUCCUGCAAGCAACUAAUAAAAUAAUUAAAGUCAAGCACCUUAAUAAUAUUAACCAAACAAUAGCAGCAGCAAUAAUAAUAAUAAUAAUUACUUUGGAAAUACAGGAAACUAAGAUAAUAAUUAGAAUAACAAUAUGGUGAGACAAAGUGUUUUUAAUAAUAUUCCUUAAAUUAUUAACAUGAACAACUUGAAGCAGACAGCAAAUAAUUUUAAUGAUAUUAAUAUUGCAGCAUAACCUUAAGCUCCUCCAUAAAGCAGUAAUAAUUAAAAUAAAGGAAAUGGUAUGUUUACUGCUCCCACAAAAUACGUAUAAUUUGCUAAUCCAUAUUUGAAUUAGAGUGUAGGUUUUAAUAUUCCUAUGCAAGAAGGAUCAGCUAAAAUCAUAGACCUUUGCUAAAAAGCAAUCUCUGAACUCGAUUUUAAUUAAUUUAGUAAUGCUAAAGAAGCUCUCAAGCUAGCACUUACUACAGCAUAGAAUAUUAAAAAUUGA